UACGCUCUGACGGCACUACUGGACUCAUUGGGGGAACUGAAGUCAAGUUUCAACGGUGCGCACACAAGCUUGGAGGAAUUGGAUUUUGAUUCAAUUUGCAGCGAUCUGCCUGGUAAAUUCGACUCCACUUUAGUUAACCUCAGAUCCACUCUGCAGCGUGAAAUUGGAAAGCGUAGUGCACCUCAGCUAUGCUCCACAUUCAGGGUUAACGCCAAUGAGUCGCAAUCAAUUAUAGUGAACACCAACCGAUCACGCUUGCCGUUACUUACACUGCCAAAGUUCACUGUUGCCUAUACUGAGUGGACAAACUUCUUCUCCAUGUUCGUAUCUGUCAUCGACAAGGAUAGCGACCUUACGCCGGUCGACAAGCUUCAACAUCUACGUUCCUGCCUGAGUGGUGCAGCGCUGGAUACCAUACGUUCUCUAGAAAUAAAUGAGGCUAAUUAUAAAAAUGCAUUAGAUCUUUUGCAUAAGCGUUUUGAUAACAAGCGUCUUAUAUUUCAGGCACACAUCAGGGAGAUCUUCGGGCUGGGCAAAGCAGAUGGGUCAGUAGGCAGGCUACGGGCACUAACUGACAAAGUCACCGCUCACAUACGUGCACUGCAAUCGCUUGGGUCCAAGGAGCAAAUAUCCGACUGUAUCAUUGUACAACUACUAAUACAGAAGUUAGACAAAGCGACUCAAUCCAAAUGGGAGGAGAAUUCGCCGACAAACGAACUACCUUCGUGGGACCAGUUAUCUACCUUUCUGGAGAAGCGCUGUAGAACGCUCGAAAACGUCGAACACGUUAUGCAAACACCAGUUGGUCAAGCUGGUAAAUCUGGUAAAAACAAAAUCCAGAGGAUUUAGACGUAUUGACGCCAGGGCAUUUCCUGAUUGGUGGUCCCCUAAUAGCUCUACCUGAACCUGACCUGAGACAUUUAAAUUGUAAUCGUCUUGACCGAUGGCAGCGCGCAACUCACGUGCACCAAAUUUUCUGGAAUCGGUGGAGUCGAGAAUAUCUCACUCUCCUCCAGCAACGAGCGAAGUGGCGCACACCUCAGGCCAGCAUUCAAGUGAACGAUAUCGUAUGCGUCAAGGACGAAAACUCACCGCCUCUGAAGUGGCCCCUGGCCCGUGUAAUCGAGGUUAUCCCUGGAGCUGAUGGUGUAGUACGAGUGGCAGUUUUACGCACGUCUAGUGGAACAACCCGUCGAGCAGUGAACAAGCUGUGCGUCCUUCCAGUAAACGAUACUGUUGAAAGCCCUGACCUUUCAACGCGGGGAGUAUGUUCGGAGCAGCAGCCGAUAAUGCAAUCAACAUAAAUCAUUAGCCUCACAUCGCAAUAUAAAGCGUUACAUUUAAGCUUCAAAUAUUUUUAUCAUUUUGUUUAAACUUCUAAACAUUUUGUACCACCCUAGCAUAAAUAUUCCCAGUCCGCUAUUGAACAUAUGUACAUUAUUAUUGUAAAACCACUCACUUUAUAUUCCAAUUGCAAAACAUAUGAGCAUAUACAUGGAGGAGGGUAAUUACUUGGGCU